AUGCCGGACCGGGUGGAGGUGCGCAAUAUCGCCCGGCGGGAGCCUAUCGAGCGCUUUCCCAGCGAGCUCCUGGGUGAGAUAUUCGCAUGGGCACGAGACGGGUACCUUCCCACUGCGCAAUCCCAGCAGCGCUACUACUCCCAGGAGUACUCGAUCUUGGACCCGCUGUCCCCGCCGCUCAUCUUCACGCGCGUCUGCUCUCGCUGGUACACUGUCGCGAAGCACACCCCCUCGCUGUGGAACCACGUCCACCUACCUGCGACGAGCAGAAUCUCUGCUGCGGCACUCGAUGGGCUCCUGCGGCGGUCGGGGGCACUGUCUCUUCAUGUCACCCUUGCUAACGAGGGGCGGCCGUUCUGGAAGGGCAUCCACCGGCCCACCGCGCUGCUGCGACACCUCCUCCGGAACGAAUCGGCGCAACAGCGCCUGGCAACGCUCGAUCUGCGGGGAUACCUCGAAUGGCUUAUCCAACCCGAUGCGGAUUAUCCGGCCGUCAUUCAUCGACGCAAUUUCCCGAAAUUGAAGAUCAUGGAGGUCUACUCCACGGAUAUGACAUCCCCGGAGGUGUUUGCGACUGUGCUUGCUACAUUCCAGACGGCCGCGGCCUUGCACUGCGUCUCACUCAUUUCUCCAGUUGGGAGGGCGGAGCGGGGGAUGCUUCCAUGGCACACUCUGACCGAAAUUUCCAUCGAUACAGAUCUGUCGUUUGAGGCGGCGAGAGAUAUCGUCAUGGACGCUCCGCGAUUGAACACGUGCACGUUCACCCGUCUCAUGGUGGGCGAUCGCAGCACCGUAACGGAUAUUAGCACCGGAGCUCUGCUUGUGCACGACCAGAUGAAGGAUCUAGCAUUCGGGUUCCGCUCGGGAAAUCCAGCCGCUUUCUUUGACGCGUUUGCGUUUCCAGCCCUCACGCGCUUGGAAAUUGGUAUGAACAGCACCGCGCGACAAAGUGCAUCUCUAGAGCCAGAUUGGGAUGCAAUUCUGCUGGGUCUGCAGAGGCGCUCAUCGUUCGCCCUAUCGGCUUUAUCCUUAUAUGACUUCCCAUGCCCAGCCACCACCCUCAUGGAGUACCUGACGACCUCAUCGGGAACACUCCAGGAGCUGAUUCUUGAAGAUUGCGGUGCUCACGAUCCCGAUCUCCUUCGAUUCCUCACGCUCGACAGUUCCGCAGACUUAAAUGGGCCAUCCACGAGGUUUCCCGCACUGAGGGAAAUGGCACUCCUGUUCUACAGUACCGUCGUCUCACCUGAACCCUUAGUGCGCUUCAUCGAAUCGGCUGGUGCGCACGGGGGGAGACCAGGGGCUGGUUUUCCCAGCCUCAGGUAUCUUUUGAUUCAUUCGAAUGAAAUUCAGUCAUCGAGAGAGACAGCGAGGAUCAACCUGGCGUGUGCCAGAAGUGAGGCAGAAAUUGACUACGAGGUUCUAUGA